AUGAAUGUCAUAAUUAGCUUAAUUCCCGAAGAUAUCAAGUAUAGCUUGGCCAAGUUGCUUGAUCGAAGAAAGGAGCCGAACUGGAAGACAUUUGUUGAUAAAACACCAAAAAGCAUCUAUUCGUUCAUGAAAGGAGAAAAGGAAUUUUUAAGACUGGAAAUACUUAAGAAGGAGGGGAGUCCCACAUUAAAACUUAUUGAAAAUUUGGGCAAAAAAAAAGUCAAGGUGUGUCAGUUUAUCGACAUUCUUGAAAGUUUGGAAAAAGAUGAAAACAUCAAUAAAGCCCUGGAUCUAUUUAUGGGAGAGCCACCUUCAAUUGUGACUGAACCUCCUUCUGAAAUAAAGCUCAAUGUUGGAGAUGAUGUUACAAUCAGGUGCGAGGCUGUUGGAAAGCAACCCAUUUUACAUCAAUGGUUUAAAGAAGGGGAACUACUCAAGGCCCAAAAUACAAAAGAGUUGUGUUUGUCUAAAGUCACUCCUGUGGAUGAGGGAAUGUAUAUUUGUCGGGUCGCAAAUGUGCGAGGAUAUCAAUUUUCACGAUGGAUCAGAAUGGUUGUGGAAAAAGCAGAAACUGUUGUGGAAUUACAGCGACCUGCUAAAAGCACUCCUCAUGAAGACGAUGACAAAGUUGAUGGGGCUAAAGAAAAUGAAAGAAGUAUCACCAUACAAUCAGAUAAUGGUGAGUCGCGACCAUGUGUAACAGUACAUCCCCAAUCGGUCACAGUAUAUCAUGGCAGUCUGCUCUCUCUUUCAUGUGAUUGUGAUUGUGAGAUUAAUACUAGUUUUCAAUGGUUAAAAGACCAAGAAGAGAUACCAGGGGCUACCAAUCGUGAUUUGGUAAUAUCACCAGUGUCACAAGACCACGAAGGCACUUACACUUGUCGUGUGUUCAACAAUGUUGCAACAGUUAGCUCUCGUUCAGCAAAUGUUCGCAUAACUAAGAAUAGAGGAGUAGAGCAAAGAAUACCAAGGAAUAUUCCAGAAGAAACACAAGGAGUGUGUGACAAAGUAGCGCUGCUUAUUGGGAACAAAGAUUAUGACCAUUGUAACAAGUUGGGAAAAUUGUACCAUCCAACCAAUGACGUUCGUGACAUCGCUGGCAUUUUGCAAAGUAUUGGUUUCAAGGUUAUAUCUCUAGUUAAUCUCAGACUGAAUGAAAUGCAAGAAGCUUUAAAGUUGUUUGCCCAACUACUCAACUCAGGUGUCUAUGCGUUGUUUUAUUUUGCUGGUCAUGGUUUUGAGGUGGACGGCAAGAGUUACCUAAUGUCAACCAGUGCUGAUGACAAAUAUUCUUGUUCCGAGAAUUUGCCAGCGAAUGACGUCUUAAGAAUUAUGCAGGAACGAGAAGCUAAACUAAAGGUUCUUUUAAUUGAUUCUUGCCGCACAACACCUGGUUCUAAAGGAUCACACAGUUUUCAUGAUCCGAUUUAUUCUGGCGGUUUGAAUGCAGUGCAAGAAAAUGUCGUUAUUGCAUUUGGAUGUUGUUCUCAAGGAAGAGUAUUUGAGCAUCGCCAAAGAAGGAAUGGAUACUUUGCCAUGCACCUUUUAGAACAUUUAGGUGACCAUGAAAAAAAUGUUGAGCAAGUUCUACUGGAAGUUGCAAAAGGUGUGAGAAAGGAGCAAAUUUACGACAGUUUCACUGGUCAGAUUCAAAUGGUCUAUCGUCACAGCAGCUUGGCUGAGAAUUGGUCACUUUCCGAUCGAAUAGUUUCGAACGAAAACGAUUCGCCUCAAGCACUUGAAUGGCAAAGAGGUCAUGAACUUCCUGGGGGUCCAGCGGUUGUGUAUGAACAAGAUGACGUAACCCUUACAUUAAGAUUUGAUGCAGAGUUCUCCAAUGUCAUGAUUAUUCGUGCACUCAUCGAGACUAAUGAUGAUGACGUAAUCUUACAUCCACCUCAGCUACACGCCAGAGAACGAACGGACGGAGUUCAAAUAAAAGAAAUGAAUCAAGAUGAUGAAUUGUUCCCUGAAAAAUACGCUGAAGAUGAAGUUAUUGUUAAAAUUACAAACCUACAACGACUUAAGGGGAAAUUGUUGGUGAUGUUCAACGUGAGAUACAUAAACAGCCAAGACAAACUUUUGAGUAGGACCGUCGCGUACGAGUUUAAAGAGAGGCCACUUUAUGCUCGACUUACAAACUGAACAAUGCACUAACUUUUCUUAACAUUAACUGUAUAAAACAAAACGCGGACGCAAUGAUUUUGUAACAUAUUUUUUAUCAACAGAAUAAAAGUUCAACACUUUCUGACAGAAAAUGUUGAAAAAACCCAGGAAAAAAUCAAAAAUAGUUUACAAUGAACAUUUCAUGUUUUCUCAAGAACAAAUGAAUGCAUUUGUUGCCAGCUACUUUCGUUGAUGAGGAA